UGUCAGAGUCACACUGUGACUAUGUGUUAAAAGGACGUGUUACAAGGCUGAAAGAGCACUUAAACCGUUGUACAACUCCUCGGACAAGCGUUCAUCAUGCAUAACAUUUGGAAAUGUACUAUGCUGGUGAUUCUCCUGGCAUGUGGUAUUACAGCGCAGCUGUCAAAAUUGCGUCGUCCAAACAAAGGGACCAUCAGCUGCUGUCAGUCGGUGUCAAAGAUGCCCAUAACCUAUGGCGUGACUGGUUACAAGCAGCAGAAAGCCAAUGGCCGCUGCGUGGACGCCAUCAUAUUUUACACAGAAAAGGGAGAAGUCUGUUCCCACCCAGAAGCUCACUGGGUUAAGAAGAAAAUGAACGAGGUGCCGAUGAUUCCAUGAAAGAGGAGAGAUUACAUCAUCAUGCAAAUUUGGCCACCACCUACAAAUUAAAAAGGAUGGUUACUGGAUAUCAUUAAUUUCCGAUGCAUCAACUUUCUGCUUAAAUUAUUAUACUGCAUAGAAUAUUUCAUAUUGAUCUGCCUAUUCAUCUGUUUUUGUGUUAUUUUGUCAUUUCUGUCUCCGGACAGAAUAUAUAUUCAGCUUCUCUGUGGUAUUUUUAAAUGCAUAUUAUUUUUAUACACUGUCUUAUCAUUAUAUUAAAUAUCUAUAAGCAUC